UUGGGGCUGUAUUUUGCUUCCCAUGUUCUACAAAAACAAAUAAAUAUCGCCAAUCGUUACCGUACCGUUGAAACUCGUCCACAAAACAUGGCCUCUAAGUCAUCGAAUAUCAACAUUUCGCAAGUGAUACCGGAAGACGAACAAAUCAUCGAACGGAAUCUAAUUUGGCGGACAUUAUUCGAGAAAUUUGCGGAUAUCACCCUUGACGAGGAAGACCCUGGCAUGGACGCAUCCGAGCUGACAAAUGCUGCUCGGAAGCAAGCCUCUACCGAACAGGCCGACGAAAGUUCUGCUUCCGAUGUGGAGGAAGUCGAGGAAGUCGAUAGUGAUUCUUCGUAUGACACGAAAGACGCCGAUAAACAAUUGGCAAAGGCACUGAAAAAGCGGCGUACUGAGUGGAAAAGGAACGGUUUGGACAAAGUACUGCAGGAUAAUCACUUUGAGCUCCUAAACAGUGCCGAUAUGAUGGACUGGCUGAGCGAUUGCGCGGCUGGCCAGAGCAAGGUCAUGAACCGGGUACAAGAAAAGCGUUUCACGGAACACGACGGUGACAAGACGAUGGAUGCUAGCUGCGCGACCAAUGUUUCGGUCCUGAACAAUGCCAGCAAGCAAAUGGUUUCGACAAUGAAAAAGUCAAAUUAUGAAAUCACGCAAGGACCGAAAAAGAAGUUCGUUGUCCACGAAAUGGUUAAAAGUACGUUUACCACACUAUACAACGAGGACUCAAGCACGGAAAAUGAGUGUUAG